GCAGUGACAUUAAAAGUUAUAAAUAGUUCACCUGUGUCUCACCACUCCCGAUGCCUGGACACAGAUGGAUAACAACAAUAAUAAGAGACCAACCGUGUUUAAUAUUUGAUGUAUUCAUACGUUUAGAAGUCUCUGGUGAUUCACUCUGAACGUAUGUAUGUAGGAUAUAUUAUAUUCGCUCAUGCAUGCGGUCCCCAAUACGUAUAUAUCAACGGAAACGGAAUGUAUUGAAAAGAAGUCAAGGCUUGCAUAUUAAACAUUAAUAUCUACACACCUACGUAUACAUAGGUAUUUCUACGUAGAAGCACGUAUACAGGUGUGUUUAAGGUGUGACGUGAGUACCGUCAUGUUGACACAGUACACAAAAGCGGACGUUUGGAGUGAAAUACUCUGAUAUAUAUAUAUAUAUAUAUAUAAAGAAUAGGACUAAGUGGGACAGCUUUUCAUACCGCAGGUCGAAAGCAAGGGAGCAGUUAUGGAGAGAAAUCCGCAUGAUUUCGCAUCGGCCCCUGUUAUCAGCCACGAAGAAGUACACACAACGGCCCCGACUGUGUCACACACCAUCGUUGUAGACCCUUCCGAAAAAUACAGGGCCGCCGAGUACAGUAAAAGGGACAACAACGUUAACCUUGACAAAACCGCUGCCCCGGUUGUGGUUCAAGGAAGCAAACAGUCCGAGAAACCGAAGGACUUCGUCAACACCUCUUGUUUUGUAAUUCUCGCUUGUAAUUUCAUAUUUGGUCUCCUUGGCAGACAUUACGGACUUAAAUCGAAUUAUGCCUGGCAACUCGGCGACAUGGAUACUGCGAAGAAGCAGUCCAAAAGGGCCUUGAUAUUCAAUGUCGUUGGUAUAAUAUGCGGCCUUUUGACAUACACUUUGGCACUUGUACUUUAUUUAACGGUUUACCGAACUAAGGCCCCACCUUUGAGACCAGGUACAUUUGGCUAAACCGUCUGUUUCUUCAUCCUUUGCUCACCUUAUGGAAGGGAAGCAUAUAUACACACACACACACCAACCGGAUUACGAGGGAGCUCCUACGUGGUUGUCCAUCUGCGCGAUAAUGGUUAAAUCUUCCUCAAAUAAUAUACAAAUAAUAAUACAAUCGGAUUUUAAAAAGAUGAGACCGAAGGACAUCUUGAUGGAUGGGAUGCGUAGAAACUGGGGCCAUGAAUGGAAUGUCUUUUAAUCACAGGCUGGGUUCAGUGUUGUCUUGACCUAAAACAACAUCUACCAUCCGAAUUCGUACUCACACACCUAUUUUUAUUCAACUAUUUCUGGCAGGAAUAUACAGAGGAAAUGUUUAAAUUUACCUGGAAAAAGAAAAAGAAACUUGUUCUACGAAUUGAACCGAAUUCAGGAUUUUUAAAAAAGAAAAAGUGGAGGGGAGCAUUGUAAAUAAUUAUUUUUCUAUAAUUUGGUUUAUAGCAAAAAAAAAGAAAAGAAAGAAAUUGUAAUAUAAUCGAUUCAAAUUUGUUAAAAUUUGGUCUAAAUUGUUGGAUUGUGUUUUUGACAAAAUAUCAUAGGGUAAGUGAUUUUCGUCCUUAAAUUAUUGCGACAAACUAUUCUUUAUAAA